AUGACCUUGCACAAUUAUUUUCGGUAAUUCAUCCUUCAAAAAAUUCUCUCAGCCAAGAGCAAUCGAUAUUUCAUUUAAGUUCUCUUAAUAGUUCCAUUUUAUAAUUCCCCNAUUGUUUAAUUCUGAAUUAUAAUGAAGAUAUUUUCAUAUCCAGUAGUUCUGAUAAUACGAUUAAGUUUUGGAUUAAACAAAAUGAAUGGAUCUGUUAAUAAACAAUCACAGAUCAUACUAGUUAUGUUUAUUAAAUAAGUUUAAAUGAAUAAUAAAAUAAACUUAUUUCUUGUGGAUAUGAUAAAUAGAUAUUGGUGAUUGAGUAUUCAGAAUAAAGUCAAAAGUGGAUUGUGAUAUAAAAGAUAAAUGUUGAAUGUUAUGGUAUUCGUAUAUGCUUUAUCAACAAUAAUUUAUUCACAUUUCAACCAAUAUAAGGCAAUUUAAUGCAUGUCUAUGAAAUGAAUAGUGUUAGUAAAUAGUUCCUUAAAACCAAAGAUAUUGAUGUUAAUUAAGGUUAAGAGGGUUAUACUUUUUUUCCAUAAUAAUUUAUUAAAUAAAAAUAAUUACUAGUUAAUAAACAUGAUAAAUAUGUCAAUUUCAUAAGAAUUACACAAAAAGAUCAAUUUAAACUUGAGUAAUCUAUUCAAUUUGGUCAUAAUCUAUUAUUUGGGUAAUUGAGUGAUGAUGGACAGUAUUUCAUUACUUGGGAUUGCUCAAAUAAUGAAAUAUAAAUUAGAACAUAUAUUGAACAAUGA